GGUGUGAUUACGGUGUAUCGAAUUUCUUGGACUUGGUAACAAAUAACACCAUCUAGGUAGUGUAACUUUGCUAGACGUGGGAUAUGGCAAAUUGGUCACUCGUCGUCAACGAGGUAUUAAAAUGCUACCUACCCUUAAAUAGUAUUCUCCGCUUAUAUGUAUAUAUUUUUUAGUCUUAUAUUCUAUGGUUGCGCAUAGCGUCUCUACGUCUCGCUAGUUAGGAACUAUCAUGUUGUUGGUUUUUCUGCUCUUCCUGUCAAUUCCAGCUGCGUAUAUUGGAUUAUCAGAGCUAAAUUCUUACGAUUCGGAAUUUUUACAAAUAAUGAUGAAUUAUGCAACCACUACUCUGUUGUCCCUCGGGUGCUCAUUUUUUGUACUGCUCAUCGCAAACCUAGGUAUCGUGUGGUAUCUAAAACAGCAGACGAAGUGUGACAACGAAUUCGUACUGAACUAUGUUGGAAAUACCUGCUUCUUUGUUGGAUGUGGCUGUUUCUUUAUUAUGCCCUUUUUGACACUGCCAGAGCAGUCAAAUGGAAGUUAAAUGUAUAUCCAGAAAGUCAAUUUGUACGAGAGCUUGUUAUACUAGUGGUCAAUGGACGCACUGCAAUCAUUAUUAAUCGUAAAUCGGAAGGCUAUUGUUUGUUGAAUUCUAUAGGUGGUAUGUAUCCACGCCAUAGGUACAUAUGAAAUCUGUAUGUAUUGCUAGGAUCACACCCAUAUCUUCGUUGGUUACAUAUACAAAAAUGGUAUGUCAGCGCU